CCCCUCCGCCAAGUUCGAUGUAUCGACGGAGCUAAACAGAAACCAAGAUCCCUCCUAGCCCAUUGGUGUCAUUGCCACGCGCUAUGGAUGUGGGUGACCCAACAGCCCGGCAAAGGUCCGUCUUACAUUCCUCUGUACCCAUCCGCUUCUGUGCAGCUCCGCCAGCCUGCCCAAAAAUCUAUAUACACUUCGGCCGCCCCCCUCCCGACCAUAGCCUUAGUUCUGUUGGCAAACGUCUACCACCCCAAGUUGACCCUCAUCUCCAAAUCGCAACACCUUAAAGAAAAGUUUAGUCUUUUCCACUGCAACCUUAUCUUGACUCCGACAACAGCUUUUGCACCAGACAUCGAUCCGAGUCUCCGCUUCCUUGCCGCUGCUUCCUACCCAUCUUGUCAUGGCCGCAGCAACUGUGCUACCACCAACCAGUCUGCAAUAUUCUCCUCAGCCCAACGCCCUAUCUUCAUCCAACUACCAGGAUCGCCACCUUGGUCGCCACAGUCCGCCAAACAGCAUGAUCUCAUCUUCAGAGCCUCGUCGGGCAGCUGACGAUGGCGAGACACCUGCCAGACAGUCUCUUCCUUCCAUCUCCGAAGUCAUCUCAGGUGCUCCUCGUCCCGGCCAGUUCCCGCCAUCAUCGCAUCCCUCUGGACAGCCUGGCUCAAGCGGUCUUCCUUCGCCGUUUGUUUCUCACAACCGUGGAUACCCAGACUCGGAUAAGCAGCACUCUUCGCCUCAGCCGCUUCACCCGGCCUCAUUCACACCCCGACAGGAUGCUGUUUCUUCCUUCUCAGAGUCGCCACGACCUGGCUUCAGCGGCCGCCCUGGAUUUCCUCAUCCAGAUCGCCGCUCAACGCCUCCCGGCAAACUUGAGCACCCCUCUCAACUGACACCCACUCAUCCUGAACAGCCCCGUUCAGUCAGCGGCACAUACCCUCCUCAAGGACCUCAUCCUUCGUCGGCUCCCUCGUCGCAUCCUUACCAGAACAGCCACCUUCCUCCUGGCCAGAUGCCUCUUCCUGGCUAUCCUAUUUCUCCUCGCCACCCUCCCAGUGAAUAUGACUCUCGCCGCCCGCCACCACACGGUGAGCACCAUGACUACGCCCGCUCUCGCUACGAGCAGCAUGGCCCGCCCAGACACUACGAGACCUGGAACUACCAGGAGGCAUUCGGACGCAUUGCCUCGCAUUCUCGCACCAUUUUCAACUUUGCCGAAUUAUAUGGCUCUCCUCACGCCCAGCACGGCCCAGAGCGACUACCCACGGAGAGAGAAAUUGGCGAUAUGCUCGCCAAUGUCGACUACCUCAAGCGUGCUUUUGAGCAGGUUCGCGAUGUUGUCCACGCCUCUUCUAUGCAAUCCGAUCGUGCGCGCGAUGGCCCCAAGCCUAAGCCAUAUGGUGAGGGUCACGAUGUGCCCAUGUACGGAGAGCCCAUGAAGGCUCAAUACCCCGUCGGAGGCGAAGUUAAGAAGCGCCGCGGCCGUGCCGCCCCUCCUGGCAGAUGCCACAGCUGCAACCGUGUCGAUACUCCCGAAUGGCGCCGUGGCCCUGACGGAGCUCGCACGCUGUGCAAUGCCUGUGGUCUGCACUAUGCCAAGCUGGAGAGAAAGCGCCAGCUUGAAGCACGAUCCAUCCGUCCCAAGACGGAGGAGCGCAACUAG